CACCAAGAAACGUGUAAAAUAAUAUUUCUAAAAAAAAUCAAUUAUUAUUAUGAAUAUGAAUGAAUGUGUUCUGUUCAUUAAACUCUGAAAAAUUCUUCUGACAUAGUAACAUUCUUCUCCGAUCUUCAUUUUCUGCAAUGUGUAGUAGAAGGUGUGUAAUUGUCAGAUAAGUUGUUACAAUUUUGUGCGUGUGAAGUAAAAGACAUUCAAUCUAUCAAUUUUGACGUAUGAUGAUAUUAAUUAAUAACAAUAAAGUGUGGCGGUGAUCUUAAUUCAAAGCAGUAUCCUUAUUUGGGAAGCUUCAUAACUUGUUCAAAAUGGAGGUGAAAUCAUUGUGAGGGAGUGAGGUAGGUGGUUGUUUGUGCUAGUGCUAGUGGUGGUGGUGGUUUUUGGUUGUAUUUUAAAUGGACCGGAGGAGUUGGUUAUGGAGGAGAAAGUCAUCGGAGAAAAGUCCAGGCGAAACGGAGAGUUCAGGAUCACUAUCUUCUCUCUCAGAAAGAUUUUCUGAUGAACAGGUAUAUCCAAUCCAAGCUACUCUAUCACCAGAGGUCACAUCUAAGCUUGCACCUAAUGAAGAAGUUAGUACACCCAAAAAAUAUAAUGAAGAAGGUAUUGACGUGAAGACUCUUACAAACGAAUUAGCUGCAGCUCUGUUAGAAAUUAGUGCCAAAGAAGACAUGGUAAAGCAGCAUUCUAAAGUUGCCGAAGAAGCUAUCUCAGGCUGGGAGAAGGCUGAAAACGAGGUGUCGUCUUUAAAACAACAACUUGAUGCUGCAAGGCAGAAGAACUCAGGCCUUGAAGACCGAGUUAGUCACCUUGAUGGGGCCCUCAAAGAGUGUAUGAGGCAGCUUCGCCAAGCCAGAGAAGUACAAGAGCAAAAGAUCCAUGAAGCUGUUGCAAAUAACUCUCAUGACUCAGGAUCCAGAAGAUUCGAACUUGAGAGAAAAGUUGCCGAGCUUGAGGCUCAACUUCAAACAUCAAAAGCAGAAGCUGCUGCAUCUAUUCGCUCCGAUCUUCAGAGGAGACUUGAAGCUGUGGAGAAGGAGAAUUCGAGUCUUCAGCUUGAGCUGCAAUCUCGACUUGAGGAACUAGAAUUCAGGAUUGCAGAGAGGGAUUUGAGUACUCAAGCUGCUGAAACAGCUAGUAAGCAACAUUUGGAGAGCACCAAGAAGGUUGCUAAGCUUGAAGCUGAGUGCCGUAGACUGAAAUCCAUGACUCGUAAAACAUUUAAUGUGAAUGAUAAUAGGUCGUUGACCGCAUCUUCAGUUUAUAUUGAGUCCCUCACAGAUAGCAUUUCAGAUGGUGGAGAGCUGAAUGAAUAUGAACCAAGCUGUUCUGACUCAUGUUCAUCUGCUUUAAUUACCGAAUUUGAUCAAUUCAAGAAUAAAAAGGUUACUAGAAAAAAUCAUAUUGCGACUUCAACUGAGAUCAAUCUCAUGGAUGAUUUCCUUGAGAUGGAAAGGCUUGCUGCCUUGCCAGAUACAGAAAGUGGAAGCCAUUAUGCUAAUGGAGGACGAGUAUUGGAUCAAUCUAUUGUUGGUCAAGGUACAAUGGAAGCUAUGAUUGAAAAGAACGCCGAAUUGGAAAAGAAGCUGGAGAAAAUGGAGGCAGCUAAACUUGAUGUAGAGAUGAGUUUAACUGAGUGCCAAAUGCAGCUUGAAAAAUCAGAGAAUCGGAUAAGAGCAGCAGAAUUGAAGGUAGAAGAGCUUCAAACUCAGUUAGCUCUUGCAAACAAAUCGAAUCAAGAAGCAUAUGAAGAACUGAAAGAAACCAAAACAAAGAAGGAGAUAGUUGAGUCGAAACUCAAAUUUGCUCAAACUGAGGUAGAAGAACUGAUUUCAAAAAUCCAUUCAUUGGAGGAAGAGAUUCAAAAGGAACGUGCUUUGUCUGCUGAGAAUUCGAUCAAGAGCAGGAAGUUAGAGGGCGAGCUUUCAAGAAUGAAGCAUGAAGCUCAAGUUCAGCAAGAUGCCAAGACUUUGCACAAGGAAAAUAUUAAUCGCGAUUUGAAGUCAAAACAGGACAAAGAACUUGCAUUGGCUACUAGCAAGUUUGCCGAGUGCCAAAAAACCAUCGCAUCUCUUGGAAAGCAGUUGAAGUCACUUGCAACAUUGGAAGACUUCCUACUUGAUUCAGACAACAGCCCUAUGGAGUUAACUUGUGAAGUUACACAAAGUCCCCAAAAAGGAGGUGAAAAAUUGAAAUUAAAUCAUAGUGAUUUGAGUAUGCCCAAAAGAGAUUCAAUAAACUCAUCUAUUACUCAUGAGAAAAGCCGUAAUGGAUUUGGUAAGUUCAUACCAAGAAGCAAGAGUGUGAGCAGGGCUCGUUGAAAAUCAUGUGAAAAGGAGACAAGACGAUAAGGAUAUCAGGCUGAGUUGUAAAUAAAUGGUUUUGUUCAUUCAUAUCAUAUAUCUUUGGAUUCAACUUUGUAUGAGUCCAAAAUUAUGUAUCUAUAAAUAGUAAUGUUUGAACUUUGAAAAAUUGAAAUGGUUACAAAACAAAAAUAUACAUAAAAAGUUCAAAUUA